GUGGUAGCGAUAUGACCAUGAAGGUUAUUUCUGCUCUUUCCAAAAUAUAUGGUAAUGCAGCGCAGCGGCAUAAAAGACCCUAGCCAUAGCAGGAGGCCGAGAGUGGCUGUCUCAGCAGGAAGAGACGCAGUUAUUCAGAGUGCUUGUGUUGAGAAAUCCCUCUCUCAGAGAUGUCUUUGUUCGGAGUGAUUUUUAUAGCUGCAGCCUUGUGUUUGGGCACUACAUCAGGUGCCAGCCUGGGAGUGGUAUACACAGAAGGGGGUCUGGUGCAAGGAAAGAACCAUCGUAUGGGUCUGUUCAGCUCUGUGGACGUGUUCAAAGGCGUCCCCUUCGCAGACAUCCCAGUGAGGUUCGAAAAGCCUCAGCCUCACCCAGGCUGGGAUGGUGUACUGAAAGCCUCCCAGUACCGUGACAGAUGCCUGCAGGUGACGCUCAUGCAGUCUGGCUCCCAGGGAAGCGAGGAUUGCUUGUACCUCAACAUUUUUGUGCCCCAAGGCAGGAAAGUAUCCACUGGCCUUCCUGUAAUGAUCUAUCUCUUUGGGGGCGCCUUCCUCCUGGGGGCCUCGAAUGACGUCAGCUUUCUGGGCAACUCCCUGUACGACGGCAAGGAGAUGGCGGAUCGCGGCGGCGUCAUAGUGGUGACCGUGAACUACCGCGUGGGCACACUGGGGUUCCUAAGCACCGGGGACUCCAGACUGCCAGGGAAUUACGGGCUAUGGGACCAGCAUGCUGCUAUUGCCUGGGUGAACAGAAACAUCAGGGCGUUCGGCGGCGACGUGGACAACAUCACAGUCUUUGGGCAGUCAGCAGGAUCUGUCAGUGUGAAUUACCAGAUGCUCUCCCCGCACAACCAAGGUCUCUUUCGGCGCGCCAUCUCCCAGUGCGGGGUGGCCGUCAGCCCCUGGGCUCUGCAGAGGGAUCCCCAGGCCAUGGCGCGCAAGAUUGCUGAGAAAGUGGGGUGCACCCAGGAGGAGCACAUGACCGCCUGUCUGAAGAUGACAGAUCCCGUGGCACUCACCAUGGCCGGCAAAGUGGCUCUGUCAGAGAUGGGCAAAGAGCCAGUGGUCUACAUGCUAGAGCUUGCUCCAGUGGUGGAUGGAGACUUUAUCCCCGAUCACCCCAGCAAGCUCUUCCAUAAUGCGGCUAAGUUUGACUACAUCGCCGGGACCAACAGUAUGGACGGCCAUCUGUUUGCUGGUGCAGACAUCCCCUCCAUCAACCAGAAGUACAAGACCACCCAUCCGGAAGAAAUAAAGCAGCUGUUAGCAGGCCUCACCAUGGAGAAGGGAACUGCGGCUGUGAACUCCUCCUUCGCUACGUACUCCGAGCACUGGGGCCCAAACCCUGAGAAGGCGACCAUCAAGAAGACCGUGGUGGAAAUCGAGACGGACUACCUGUUCUUCGUACCCACACAGAUCGCUCUCCAACUGCACGCCAAAUACGCAAAGCUUAAGCAGCGUACAUACUCAUACGUGUUCAACAUGCCCACGCGGAUCCCCAUGUUCCCCAGCUGGAUGGAGGCGGACCAUGCCGAGGAUGUGCAGUACGUCUUUGGGAAGCCCUUCGACACGCCCGUGGGCUACUUACCUCGCCACAGGACGCUGUCUGGGUACAUGAUCGCCUACUGGACCAACUUCGCCAAGACUGGGGACCCUCACCGAGGACAGGAAGUCCCUACCCAAUGGCCACUCUUCACCAACAAAGGGAACCCAGUCCUAAUGAUUAAUAACAAGAUCAAUGUCAAUUCCGUCCAGUACAACUUCAGGACUCGUUACGUGCAGUACUGGUCAACCACUUAUGCCAGCCUUCCCAACCAAGCUCCUUAAUAUGCUGACAAGCUUGACUGCUGACACAAUGGAAAACUGCCAUUUGUAAUCUAUUUGUGAAUAAAUUAAUCAUUAAAAAUUACAUUUACAAGCA